UAGAAAUUCCCUUACCAUACAUACAUGCACUGGGUUUUGGUUUCACGGUUUCCAGUUUUAUAAGAUUACGAACGUAAUAAUUGAAUUACGUUCAUAGACGUUUAUUACGUACAUGCUUGGUAAACGGAAACGUUUGGAAAUUAUCGACUUCAGUCAGGAUGGACAAUCCCGGUGCUGACAUCGAACCCAGCAAGGAGGCACUCGCCUUUGGUACCGAUGAGAAACCAAAGGCAAAAAUCAGUGAUUCCCCGCCACCCUAUGACGAAACAAGCAAUGAUGACAAACGAAAGCAAGAAUAUCCUAUGACAAGAUUACAGAUAAUCAAAAACUUGCUUGUUGUGAGCUUCGGUUUCUUGUUCCUGUUCACGUCCUUCCAGUCUCUGGCGAACUUACAGAGUAGCUUGAACAGAGAGGAGGGGCUGGGGACAUGGGGAUUGGCCACCAUCUAUAUCGCUCUAGUGCUAUCCUGUAUGUUCUUACCACCAUUCAUUAUUGAUAUUCUGGGCUGCAAGUGGACUGUAGCCUUCUCCAUGCUCUGUUACAUCCUGUACAUGGUAGCCAACUUCUACGCGGUGUGGGGCACGAUCAUCCCAGCCGCCAUUAUACUGGGUAUCGGCGCCGCGCCGCUCUGGUCCGCCAAGUGUACGUACCUGACAGAGACGGGCACCUGGUACGCCAAGAUGACCGGCGCCUCCCAUGAUGACAUCGUUAACAGAUUCUUCGGAAUAUUUUUCAUGAUAUUCCAAACUAGUCAGAUAUGGGGAAACCUUAUCUCGUCGCUGGUGUUCAGUGAGCGCGGUCAAAACGCCAGCUCCGGUGUGUCUGCGGAAAUCCUGGAGCUUUGCGGCCCCAAUAACUGUCCCUCGCAUUCGGACGCCUACAUCAACAACACCAACCUUCAGAAGCCAACAAUAGAACAGGUGUACACAGUGUGUGGUAUCUAUGUGGGGUUCGCCUGCAUUGGGUUCUUUAUUAUCACCCUCCUGCUGGACCGGAUCGUGCUGGACAAGGAGGCCGCACGUGCACCAGGCCAGAAGCGGCUGUCGUUCGACCUCGUCUGGGAGACGUUCAGGCAUCUCAUCAACAACCACUACCAGAAGCUCCUCAUACCUCUCACCAUAUACAGUGGCGUUGAGCAGGCAUUUAUCGCAGGAGACUUCACUCGGUCAUACGUCAGUUGCAGCGUGGGUAUUUGGAACGUUGGUUACGUCAUGAUUUGUUACGGCGUCGUCGACGCGUUUUGUUCGUUUACGUUCGGGCGUCUCGUGCAGUACGUCGGUCAUAUACCCUUUUUCAUUCUCGCGUUCGUGGUGCAUAUUUCGUGUCAGAUCACGUUGUUGCUAUGGUUACCGAACCCUGACCAGUUCUACGUGUUCUUCAUCCUGGCGGCUAUGUGGGGUAUCGGGGACGCCGUCAUACAGACGCAGGUUAAUGCCUUGUACGGGUGGCUGUUCAGCGACAACCCGGAAGCUGCAUUCUCCAACUACCGCUUGUGGGAGUCCGUCGGUUUCAUCAUAGCGUUUGGCUACAGCUUUAACUUGUGCACGAGCGUGAAGCUCUACUUCUGCAUUGGCAACCUCGUCGUCGGAAUGGUGCUAUACGGGGUGGUCGAGGUGCUCCAACGCCGCUCCAAGAGCAAGUCCUUCGACAUCACGCCCACAAAGUAGAGGCCCCCUACUCACAUCACCCCUCUAAAAGUAGGGGCUGCAAAUCCCGGCAGACGCUGGAGGCGGACUGUUAUAAUGCAUAAUCAUAUAGACAUAAAUGCGCUUCCCACAAUAUAUAUGCGCUGCACGCCUUUUUGAGUAAAAACAGGUGUGUAAAAACGAAAGUUGGUAUAUUGUGGUCGAACUUUACUUGUCGCUUUACUAAUCACGUUUUUCUACCAUUUGAUAUAUACGUGUGACGUCUGUUAUCUCGACAAGAUGACACAAACACAAUGAGUUUAGAUUCUUACAAUUUUACUACGCACUAUAAUCACAUUUUUCAUGUUUAUCAUCAUUUAAUUUUGUACGCUUUUUGGACAGUUAACCCAUAGUCAUUACCAUAGCGGUGGUCAAGUAAAAAAGUGACCAAAACUGUAUUUUAUACCACAAGUAACCGCAAGCGAGGAUGUGGUGCAACCGAGAUCAAUAAACUUAACUACUGCAUAUAAAUAAACGUUAAUUCUCGGGAAACUACCUAUCAUCAAGAUUAUAACCGUUACCCUAGCAACAAAGGUACAUUAUAAUGAAUAACUACGCACCUCCGAUGAGUUGGUGAUGGAUUGGAACUUGGUCGUGAUCUUGCCACAUAUUUUGUUUCUUUUCAUACAUGUUUAUAUAGAAUGUAACUUGUGAUAAAAUGUGAUUUUAACAAUUUUUUAUGAACAUUUUGUAUUGCAUGCAAGCAUUUUGAUAAAUGUAUAUAUUUAAA